GGGUAAAGCCGGUGAAAAGGAUAAGUCGGGUGGAAGGUUUCUUAAUCGCAAUACAGAAGAAGGGAGUGGAGUUGGAGUUGGCUCGAGGAGGUUGGUCUUCUUCACAUCACAAGGUUUAAAGCGGGAAGAGGCGAGGAAGGAGGAAGGAGGAGGGAGGAGAGGAGGAAGACAGAGGGUGCGCUGCGAGUCAAGUCCGCUGGUGUCUUUGUGCGCUUUGUGUAGGACUGGUGUUCUGAUGGAGUUGUAGCAAAAGUAGGGAAAGAGGCGAACAAGUCGCUGGGGUGAAAGGAAGACAAAGAAGGUCAGGGGCUGCAUGCACAUGGAAUCCACGGGUCUCUCUGUGUGCUUUGGUAGAAGGGGUGGCGCUGUGAUGGAAUAGUGGGUAAAGAGUGGAGGGAGGAGGGCUGACGGCGGUGAGGAAAGGGGGAGGGAGGUGUGUUUCGGUCAGGCUUUUCCCGUAGGGUCAAGGAGAGUUCUUUUCUCGGGAGAAGAUGAUGGCUGGGGAGGAUGUGAGUGUUGUCACGGGAAACAUGGUUGAUAAUUUCUCUUCGGGUUCAGCCUCUGCAAUCGGUGGAACUGGAGGAGACCGAGGCACCGAGGCUGCCUCGGGUAGUCAGGAAAACUCUGUCGGAAUAUUGGCGGCGAAGUUCGGCGUUGUGCAGAGACGUCAGGACGGGAUGGUGGAACUUAUCGCGGGAGAUCACGGUAGAAGCGGUAGCAGAGGAGAAGGAGGUGAGCGGAAGGCCAUAGGAGAAGGAGGUGAGCGGAAGCCCAUCGGCAGCAAGCGGGUUUUGAGCAGGGACCUGACACGUGCAGCAAUCGAGGAGGCGAGGUACCGACUAGAGAAGCACGGAGACAGAGCGAAGACAAGUAUCAAGCUUGGCGGGCUCCAAGAGAGCAGCUCCAUAAGGAGGCCGGGAUUUGACGGAGGAAUUUCGGUAGUCCCGCCGUUGAUGAGCCCUAAGGGAAGUGGGAUUGGCACGGCAUCGUUGGCAGGGACGCCGACGUCCAGCAGUGGGAGCUCUAGCACCAUAUCUUCCGCACAAGGAACGCUGGAGGAAGGAGAGAGACUGGGGGUGGUUGGAGGGGGAGGUGGGGGUAUCAAAUCGAUAGCGGGAGCGAGCCCUCGCAGUCUUGGAUCGUUAACAACGAGUCCUUCGUCUGUGGCAUCGGGUAAUUAUUGCAGUGCAACUGAGGGAGGAGCAGAGAGAAGAGGCGUAGGGCUGCGUGGGGAGAAGCUUGGUUCCUUCUCCCCCGAUGUUGGUGACUGGCACAUGAUGCAGGGAAUAGAUAAGUUCUUGGAACUGGGACUUGUGGCGCAGCAGUCACCCAGGUUCACGGAAAUGAUCAUGGAAAUGGCCACAGUCGCGGCCAUGAGGGAGGGUGGAUAUCUGGGGGGGCGGAGAGAGGGAGAGGAGGGGGUUCUGACGGGAGACGGGACUAGCACUGCAGACGAGAAGAGUGGGGAGAUGGCGACGAGGCAGUUCCGCAGAUCUGUGUCUGCGAUUGCAGACUUGAAGAGAGAGAACGGUUUGGUGGCCUCCGGUCCGUUGUCGCCUGUGACUUACGGCAGCAAGGGUGGCGGCGGCGGCUCCUUGUUGACGAAGAGCCUGACCUUCGGUGGGCUGGAGAAAACCAACAGGCUGAAAGGCUAUGGGAGCGCGGAUGCAGCCAGAGAGAAGGAGGAACGGUCUCGUCAAAUGCGGAUUUACAGGCCUCACGAUUAUGACCGGAUUAACACGGAGGUAACCAUCACGUUAACUGGCUUGGUUAACAUCGAUCGGAAAGACUCGCUUGGACGACCGAUAGUGGUCAUCGAUGCAAGCUUCAUCCCCCCGCCAAGGCUGCGAUUUGCUGCCGUGGCGAUGAUCAGGGAGAGGAUGGAUCCCAUUGUGCAGGAGCCGUACGUUCUGGUGUUUGUGACGACGCCGAAAAACCUGCACAAGGCGGCUCCGACCAAGGUUCCCGCGUGGUGGUGCUUGAAAGUGUAUCAAAAUUUGCCACGGCCAUACAAGAAGAACGUGCAGCGGGUGAUCUUCAUCCACCUGACUCUAUGGUUCUCGAUUAUUUUCAACGUGAUUCAGCCCUUCCUGAGCAGCAAGGUCUACAGAAAGUUUGUGAAGGCCAAUACGCUGAGCGAUAUUGAGGAGCAAGUGGGGGAUGAAAUUAAGCUGAGUCAGAUCGCCUUGGCACCGCACGUGUUCGUGCACGACAAGAAGGUUAUCGCGCAUGGCUCGUUUCUCAAGGAGGUCAAGGAAAUUCUCAUGAACAGGCCGCUGGCGGCGGUGGCCAAGGCGGUGGAAGCGGUGAACAGCAGGGGCGGGGGGCUGGCUACUGCAGCGAGUACCAUGAGGUCUCCCUCCGCCAAUUUGGGAGGAGUAGAAUUAGAUGGGCGGCGUGAAGGAGGUGAUGUGGGGCAGCCCUCUCCAGCUGACGCCGCCGCCCCCUCCUCGGCUGUUCAUCUUCCUGUGGCUACGCUGGCGUUGGCACCUCGCACACCGACCCCAGGUGGACGCUCGGAAGGUUCUACCGGCACGCUGAGCCCCGCUCGGAUGCUGGAGAGCGGAAGAGGAGGGGCUGGAGCGGAAGGCAUGCUAAAAUUGCCACGAAGCAUGAGUUCUUCAUCUGCAAGGUCAACAGGAGCAAGUGUGGGUAUCGCAACGACGGCUGCCACGGGAGGGUCAUCGGCUCUCUCAUCGGCCAAGUCACAAGAGACGACAGCUUCGCAAACUCGUUAGCAACUGAUGAGUGAUGUCAUCGAUCUAGGUUCGGUGAGUCCUUUUCCUCUGGAGAUGUCCAGGAUGCGGGAACUGAGUUCUUCCCUUCAGCUUCUCCUCCUCCUGUUCCUCCUCCUCCUCUUCCUCCUUCGGUCACUUCAAAGAGUCCGGAGGCAGAGAAUUGCCUCCAUGGCGAGCUGAGGGUUCGUGCCAUCGGUGCACAUUUGGCCUCCCCCUUCACCUCCGAUUCUUUAGGAUCUAUUUAUUAAUGAAAUUUGGGUUGUGCCCACAAGCCAGUACAGGCUGUCAAAUAUUACGUAUCCUAAGCUGGCCACGCGGCUUGAGGCUUGCGCUAACAGCUUCAGGCACACAAGGGAGGACGAGGGGGUAGGGGGGGCCAUGCAUACACACAGACACACACACACACACACACACACAGACACACACACAGACACACACACAGACACAUACACACAGACACACACGCACACAUCUACACACACAGAGACAGACAGACAGACACAGAGAGAGAGAGAGAGAGAGAGAGAGAGAGAGAUGUUUUGCAAUUGUGUGGAGAGGUUAGUGCAGAGUAGGAAGGAGGUGGGCGAAGAUGACAAGUAACGUUAGCGCUUGGCCAUCUAUGGAAGUAGGUAAACGGGAUGUAUGGAAUAUAAUUCGAUGUCGUCGAAUUGUUUGUUCCAGUGAUGGAUGAACUGAUACCCUUUGAAGGGGUUCGACGAAGAGUGCCACUUCUUGCUGGUUGUUUCGAGGUCUUGAUACAUAGCAGUUCUGUACCUCUUCAGGAGGUUAGCCGUCUUCGGCGGUGCUUCUCAAGAUCCUGCGUUCCCCGGUGUUGAUCUGUGUGAUGGACGAUGGUAUGCAAAGGGAAGUGGAAACGCAGGAGUCAGAACUGGGAUAUGAAAUGGUCGUCUAGGCCCCUGGUGUUCUUUCUGGGAUUGAUUCCCUGCUUCGUGGCUCAUCCAGGUGCAGUUCUUUAUACUCUGUUUGGUUGUUGACUGAACGGUAGGGCCCAAUGCUGUGCGGCAAAACAGGCUUUCCCCAUGUAUGUAUGUGUAUUAUGUAAUCCUCCGACAUGGACGGUUCCAUUGACUUUGACCAGAGGCUGUUUCUGUUGACUUUGACCGAGGACAUUUCCAUUGACUUUGACCGAGGACGUCUCCAUUGACUUUGACCGCAUUACGAUCAGACGUAUGCAGGAAAGUCUAGAUCGGAGUCAGUCACUACGUAAUCAUCGAUGUAUUACCACGCCGGUGAUACUAGGGCCAUUCAUGGUUGGUGAAAUGGCUGGUUGUGGAUACACGACCCCUCCUUGUUCGCUGGGUGGGAGGCGUUAGGAGGGAGAAGAACAAGACACAGCUCAUCAGGCAAGCCACAGCUCAUCAGGCAAGAGCAACCGGUCAGUCGUACCAUGUAGGGGAAGAAAGAGGAGAAAGGGGGUUACGGGUGUUGGCAUGCGGCGGCAAGUGAGGAGUCUGGAGCCUCUCCGAGAUGAUCCAGGCUGAGGAACGCACUUACUUUCCUAAAAGGGAAAAAUAGUGGGUGGUGUUAAGGACACGGAGGCGAAGAGCAGAGCGUUCUGGAAAUGGCAAGGAAGCUGUAGCAGAAAGGGAAUGUUCGGUGCGUACAUCUCAUCUUGGUGAGAUGGAUUAUUUACGUGGAUAACUUCCCCGCAGAUAAAAGUUCAUGAUGAUUACCCGGGGUCCGAACUGUUGUCGUUCUGGUGGAGCUGAGUCAAUAAUUUACAUGGAUAAGCUCCCCGUCGAUAAAAGCUCAUGAUGAUUACCCGGGAUUCGAACUGUUGUUGUGCUUUUGUUGGAGCUGAGUCGGCGUUGCGACAGUGUAACUUGAUUUUCUCUGAAAGUUUUUUCUCUGUGGAGGAAGGAAAGGAGGUUGGGCUGCUGAAUGGUGCGGGGAGCAGGAGGCGCAAAGAAUCUAGCGGUAGGCUGAUAUAUUAUGUGAAUAUGAUAGUAUUUGCAUAUGUGUUCGUUUCUGAGAAAUUGUGAGCGAUGGUUGGAGCCAUAGCGAGGAAAGAGAGAUUAAAAACCAUGUUUCGAUAAACUGGAAAAGAACGG